CUUCGCAGUAUAAUCUUUUUCCAAUACGCCCCCCUACGACAUGCUACUUAUUGUCGUCUAUAUGUAUCAGCUACACUAAACUCCUAUUCAAGUCGACCAUUAUUCGUCAAGCCCAUGAUUGUUUUCCGUGCAUCGCCCAUACCACUGGGUCGAAUCCGCGCCAAUUCCAUUCUCAAUCACCCACGACAGCUCCCACGCGUGAUGUCUACGGUGACGAACGGAGACUUGAACAACACGGCUGCGGCGCGCGCUCGCGCUGAAAUCGCAACAAACCCAGACUAUCGCCACGUUUCGCUUGCGAUCCCAGCGAGCGAGGAUGAUGCCCAUGUGCGACAGAUGUACCGGCCGUUUUUACUCGCCGACGAGCACGCGACGCACGAUUGGAUUGCGCAGUUGGAGCUCAGCACGGCGUUGAGCAUGGUGGAGUCGCAGGUUUUGAAAGCGGGCGGCCAACGGCUUCGAGUUCUUGUGCUGCACGGAAGUAUGCGGAAACGAUCCUAUUCGCGGUUGCUUGCCUACGAGGCGAGUCGGAUCUUGUUCCGGCUCGGGUGCGAUGUCCGCAUGUACGACCCCAGCGGGUUACCCGUAAAAGACGACGAGCAGCACCCGCAUCCCAAAGUCCAGGAGCUGCGAGACCUGAGCAAAUGGAGCGACGGACACAUCUGGAUAAGUCCAGAGCAGCACGGGAACCUCACGGCAGUCUUCAAGAACCAAAUCGAUUGGAUUCCGCUCUCCACGGGCUCCGUCCGUCCAACGCAAGGUCGCACGUUGGCGAUUGCGCAAGUCUGCGGGGGCUCGCAGUCUUUCAACACGGUUAAUUCGCUGCGGAUUUUGGGACGGUGGAUGCGCAUGUUUGCGAUUCCGAACCAGAGCUCCAUCCCGAUGGCCUACACGCAGUUCACAGACGAGGACGCCAGCGAUGGAGGGAGUCGGAUCAUGCCUAGCGGCAACAGGAACAGGCUUGUCGAUUGCAUGGAAGAGUUUGUCAAGUAUACGAUAGUUAUGCGGCCGCACUUUGAUCUCUUUGGGGAUCGAUACAGCGAGAGGGAGGAGAGGAGGAUAAAGGAGGAAAAGGCAGCACAGGUAGACUAG